UUAAUAUUCGUUAAUUUUAAUUUUUCUAUAAUUGCUCUAAAAUUAUUGAUUUUUAGGGAUUCCUUAUUUGUAUUAGUGAGAAAUUGUGGUGGCUAUUUGAAAUGCUGUUUUUUUUUUGUUGUUUGCUGUAGGUUGAAUUAAUUUAUUUUUUUGGUUUGUGGGUAUUUGUUGAAUUUUGGUUAAUACUGGGGGUAUAUAAAGCUGUGUUUUUUUAUAGCAUUUUGUCCAAUUUUUUGGAAAUUUUGUUCUGGGUUGGACUAGUUUAAAAGGGUUUCAUGUGAUUUCUAAUAGUGAGAAGUUGUGUAGGAUUUUUCCUGUCAACAAUUAAGAAAAAAACUGAAGCUUUUGGCCUUGUGCCCUUGAAAUUGUUGAAUUUGUUUGAUUGGGAUUUGAUUGACUAGGAGUUAUGGUUUCUAGAUAUGUGAAUUGUGUUGGUUGUUCUGUCUGCUUUUUUAUGUUUUCUUGUUGUUUUCUGGGUAGAAAUUUUGAUUGUAAAGUCUCGUGAUUUCUAAAAUUGUGAAUUUGUGGUGGUUGUUUUGUCUACUUUUUUGUGUUUUCUUGCUUGUUUUUGGUUAAGAAAUUUGAUUGUAGAGUCUCAUGAUUUCUAGAAAUGUAAAUUUGUGGUGGUUGGUUCUGAUCAUAUUGUCUGUUUUCUUGUUUUUUUUAAAAAUGUUUUGGUGGAGAAUUUGCUGAAUUGCUAUUGAUGUGAGGUCUGCUUGCUUUUCUUCAUUCGUUGUGGCACACCAAUAACUUUUUGGUGUUGUAGUACCUUUUGAAAGUUCAAGCUAUCUCAAUUCCGAAAAGAAAGUUAUGGUUUAAUCAUUCUGUGUACAUAUUGUAAGCUGCUCAUUUCAACUUUUGAGAAGGAGAAAUUUGCUACUAGGAGUACAUUAGAAUCUUAUUAUAUGGAAAGAUUAUGGUUGUUUUACAUUUACUUGCUGAAAGCUUAAAAUAUUUUACAAAUAAAGACAAAAUAUAAACGUCUUAAAAGGGUCUUAUUUCUGCACAUCCGCCAAAAGAUUUUCCAAUCAAUCCAAUCCAAAUGUCUCAUUCGCUGUCUACGGUGUCUCUGCCGCGUUUCGCCACCAUUCUCACGGCGGGGAAGCAGCCACGUCAGAGACCAAACCCUAAAACCCAAAAUGGUAAGCACAAGAUAACCACCACCAGCACUCCCGGUGUACCGGCGGCUACCAUCAAGAAAACAACGUCAGGGUUUAACAGUAGAAACAAAGAACCCACGUGGCAGUGCGUCCAGAACUGUGGUGCCUGCUGUAAACUUGAAAAAGGGCCAAACUUCCCUUCCGCUGAAGAGAUUUUCGAUGACCCUCGUGAUAUUGAGUUAUUCAACAGCUUGAUAGGUUCUGAUGGAUGGUGCAUACAUUUCGAGAAGAGCACAAGAAAAUGCUCCAUUUAUGCAGAUCGUCCCUACUUUUGUCGGGUGGAACCGGCCAUCUUUGAGACACUGUAUGGGAUUGAAAAGAAAAAGUUCAACAAGGAAGCUUGCAGUUGUUGCAUAGACACAAUUAAAGCGGUAUAUGGAUCGAGCUCAAAAGAAUUGGAGAAUUUCAAUGCUGCAAUAUGGAGUUCAACUUAGUUCUGCAUUCCAUUUCAUGAGAUUACGAAUUUCGGGUAUAAUUCCUUUUCCACUUGUUGGAUGUGAUUGCUAAUGGUGUCUCAUCAGGAUGAACUGGUGUGCUGCAAUUGGAUCUGGAAUACUCAAAAUCUGAUGGUAAGUCGCAAAUUUAAAGACUUUGAAGAUCUUUUGGUUAGGCAGAUCGAUAAAUCAUCAUAGUCGACUGAAGAUGUUGGUGAUAUAGCACGGGAUCAUCCUCUCUAAAGUACCAGAAUACAGUGCCUAUGUUUUUUCUAAUGUCAGAUUUCAUUGUUGGCCAAUCUUUACCAGAAUUUGUGGGAGUAGAUAUGAUGAUAAUGUUUGCUUUAUAUCAAAAGUUUCAGUUUAUUCAUCUUUUUGUAUCCUUUAUACAACUAUGACCUAUACAUUGCUUGGUUCAAACCGGGCCGACUGAGUGGUUGGUGGGACUCAUUGUUAUGAUCCUAUUGCGAAGUAUGCGACUUAAGUCCCAUACCUGAAUAGCUAGUUUUUGCGGUGCAAUUGUCUGUGGGUUGAAUCACCCAAAGUGAUGACUCUUUUGAUUCUGG